GAACAGGAUUGUAUAGCCUUUUAAUCAUCACGAGAUAGACUUAGAAUAUAGCUAGACGAUUUGACUAGACUAAAGGUAAUUCCUACUAUUGUUUUAUGUAAAAAUAACUAAACAAAUGUAGUAUUUGCCCAGCACUUAAAAGUACAGUAUGAGAAAAUUGGGGGCAGUGGGGUUUAUUUUAUUUCCCUCGGAAAAAUAAGGUGACAUGCUUAAUUUACGUGUGAGAACAGCUGAUUUAUGUUAUUUACAGCAUGUAUCUAUUUUUCUUCCUCCUUUGCUUGUAUGAAUGUGUUGCGAACAUGCAUGACGUGCGUGGGGCGUUUGGUCUGGGCUCUGUCCCAGACUGCAUCAUGCUCGGAGUCGGCAGCAGCAACAGCCAGUGCUCACACCGCACAGCCAGUGCUCACACCGCACCGAGCUCACCGGAUGCUUUUUUCGCCCACGGCAGGACGCUCCGACAGCCGCGUUGGAUUAACCCCCCCAUCAUCGUCGGCCGCGUGCACGUAGCUACCCACGGAGGGGGACGCUGACAGCAUGCGAGGAGGGUGGGGGGCUGGGUAGCGGGUAGGGGGUGAGAAAAACCGUGCAGAAAUCGGCGUAGCUGGCCAGCAUCUCCAUUCACUCCGCCCAAUGGCUUCGGACACUUGUUUAUAUCCAUGGGAUUUGUCCGCCUUUUGGAUUUACUCUGUCUCGGUCGGACGGUAAAAGACGUUUAAUCGGAGUACUAGGUCGUAAAUAUCCCACCAGGUCAGCCCAUCCAAGCGCCACAUGAGGGGACGCGCAUUGCGCCCCUGCGCCGCGGUGCUGCUGUGACUCGGUGGCCGGUUGGGAACACAGGGACCGCAGGGCCGAUGCUGCGCGGCCAGGCUAUGCUGAAGAGCCGCUGCUGCGUCCUGCUUAGUGACCUGAGGCUGCUCCUGCUCGGGCCGCCGGCGCCUCCGCCGCCGCCUCCGCUCAGCCCCAUGAACGGACAAGCCACGCAGAGCCGCGAGCCGGGCGUCGCCGAGCGAGGCACCCCGCCCGCGGCACGGCGCUGCGCGGGCGGCAGCUCCUCUGAUGACUGCUCGAAGGGCAAACUGGAGGAGAGGUUCUCCCUCACCAGCUACACGGAAAGCGGCUUCAGGACGCCCGUGUGCAGGAUCUGCUUCCAGGGACCGGAGCACGGGGAGCUCCUGAGCCCGUGUCGCUGCAGCGGCUCGGUCCGCUGCACCCACCAACCCUGCCUCAUCAAGUGGAUCAGCGAGCGAGGUUCCUGGGCCUGUGAGCUCUGCUAUUACAAGUACCAGGUUAUCGCCAUAAGCACAAAGAACCCACUGCAGUGGCAGGCCAUCUCACUCACAGUGAUCGAGAAAGUGCAGAUCGCAGCGGCCAUCCUGGGCUCUCUCUUCCUGAUGGCCAGCAUCUCCUGGCUGGUGUGGUCCUCGUUCAGCCCGUCGGCACGUUGGCAGCGCCAAGACCUGCUCUUCCAGAUCUGCUACGGCAUGUACGGCUUCAUGGACGUCGUCUGCAUAGCGCUAAUUGUCCACGAGGGGCCUUCCGUGUUCCGCAUCUUCCACCGCUGGCAGGCUGUCAACCAGCAAUGGAAGGUCCUUAACUAUGACAAGUCUAUGGACAACGUUGAUCUGAAGGACGUCACCGUGGACAGGACUCAUCAGCCCAGCCAGGCUUACCAGACUGGGCUCGGGGUGUCCACCUCCACCUCCUCGCUGAUGGUGGUCGCCUCCGCGGCCGGCAGCGGCACGUCCACCACCGUGGUGACGGCGGCCGCCGCCGGAGGAGGACCGGGGACACACGGGAACGCCGAUGGCGGAGCAGUGGCUGACCCGCAUUGCCCCUAUAAUCUCCUGCACCUGCUCAGCCACCUGAGGUCGUCGGAGCCCCGCAGCCAAGGCAGCGGUAACGCGCGAGAGCUGGUCAUGAGAGUCACUACAGUCUGAGGAGUCAGACGAGGCCUUAUCUCUCACGUGGAGGGUUUUGGGUAAUGCCGGCGAAGCAGCUGAACUGCACUAGACUGAGACCGUCUUGUUUGCAUCAUCACUGUCCUUCCAUGGAUUGAAUAAAUUACGAAUUGGUUAAUUUGCAGAGCUGCGUGGAAAAUUCAUUCUUAUGGGGAUUCAUAAUGCAGUACUCGGUUCACAAAUUUUGUGGGCGGGGGAAAACAUUGUUUUUUUUCCCCUGACAGGCAAGACAAUCGCUUGGAUUUGUGCUUCUCGUCACUUCAUGCAUUUGCUGAACUAGAAUUUAUACGGCUCAAUCAUAAUUACAAAGACCAACAAAAAAUGUUUCAUUUGCCAUUGACAAACUUGGCAAAAAAAAAAAAAAAAACCUCAAAAGAGCUUUGUAAGAAGUGUAAAGACAACUUUGCAAGCAAAUCAUAAUCUGUAUUAAUUAUAACAUAUUGGGGGAAUACACAAUGCUCUCUACUGGAUAUGAAUGGGCACUGCCACCCUCAUAAAUAAUUCAAAAUCAACAUCGAAUAAAAAGGUAUACAUUAGAUAAUUUUUGGGAAGUAAUGAAAAUACAUAUACUUUAUUAAACUUUUCCGUUAUUGCAGUAGUAGCUAGCCUCUUUUUUCCAUUAUUUUACACCUUUCUUACCUAAUUGAUUUUUCUCUU